UCGGUCAAAUGGCAGAGCAGAUGUCCACCACCCAAAAAUGCCUCAGGGAAUUGUCCCGCGACGACGUAGCGUUAGAGUCACUCGCAAGCAACAUCAGCGAGUUUAGCUAUGAUCCGGAUCAGGGUUGCACGUUCGAUUCAUGGUACUCUCGAUAUUCGGAUCUGUUCGACAAGGACGCUAAAAAGCUAGAUGACUCCGCGAAAGUGCGACUGCUUAUGAGGAAGCUCAAUCCGAUGGCACACGAACGGUAUACGAGCUUCCUCCUCCCCAAGCUAUCCAAUGCAUUCACCUUCGGUGAAACCAUCGUGAAACUGAAGUCACUUUUCGGGUCCCCAGUAUCCGUGUUCCACCGUCGAUAUCAAUGCCUACAAACGGUCAAAAGUGAUUCAGAAGACAUCUUAGCAUACUCUUGUAAGGUGAACAAGAUGUGUGUCGACUUUAAGCUCUCUGCACUUACAGAAGAGCAGUUCAAAUGCCUGAUCUUCGUCGCGGGCCUCAAGUCGCCCAAAGAUGCCGAUAUUCGAAUGCGUCUGAUUACAAAACUCAACGAAUCGUCGGACAUCACCCUGGCCAAGAUCGUCGAGGACUGCCGGAACCUGUGCAAUCUGAAAAACGACAACGUGAUGGUCGAAAAACAGUCCCCAGUGUCAGUGCAUGCAGUGAAGGAGAAGACCUACAAAAACAACAAGCCCAAACGUAAACAAAUGGGUGAAAAGACGGUUACCGAUCAGCCACGGUCGCCUUGUUGGUCCUGCGGCGGCAUGCACUACUCCAAGGAUUGCCAGUUCCGGGAUCAUCUGUGCCGAGAGUGCGGAAAGAAAGACCACAAAGAGGGCUAUUGCUCCUGUUUUUCCGGCAAAGCUGUCGGGAAUAAGCGAAGCUUCAACCCCAAGAAGGCAACCAAGGUGGUUUCCGUAAACGCAGUCAACCACGGAAGAAAGUUCACCGAAGUGGAAAUCAACAACGUUCCGGUUCGUCUUCAAGUGGAUUCAGCUUCCGACAUCAGUAUCAUCACCUACGAGAUGUGGAAGCAAAUCGGGAGACCACGAACGCAACCUACGUCCUGCACGGCGGUAACAGCAUCUGGCGAGCCGCUUCAACUAGCCUCUGAGUUCUGGUGCAACGUCUCACUGAACGGAACGUCCAAGAAAGGUUUGUGUCGUGUUGCUAUACCGAACAUUAAUCUUUUCGUUUUAGGAACCGACUGGAUUGAAAUGUUUGGGCUGUGGGAUGUUCCAUUCAACGCAUUCUGCAGCCAAGUCGGUUGCCUACCAGCAAAAGGUGUCAAGGAACUGCAGUCAAAGUUCCCCAACGUUUUCACCAACAAAAUGGGUCUUUGCACGAAAACCAAGGUCCAAUUAUCACUUCGUGGAAAGCCCAAACCUGUGUUCCGUCCAAAACGCCCGGUGGCAUUCAGCGUCAAAGGUAGUGUCGAGCAAGAAAUCAACCGUCUGCACAGUCUAGGAGUCCUACAACCAGUCGACUUCUCGGACUGGGCUGCGCCGAUUGUGGUCGUCAGAAAGCCAAAUGGUAGUGUCCGAAUAUGCGCAGAUUUUUCAACCGGGCUUAACAGUGUACUCGAGGCCAACCAGUACCCUCUUCCCCUGCCAGAUGAUAUUUUCGCCAGAAUGUCCGGAUGUCGUGUUUUUAGCCACAUUGACCUUUCGGAUGCCUACCUACAGGUAGAGGUGAACGAAAGCAGCCAGCCCUUACUCACAAUCAACACUCAUCUGGGGCUCUACAGAUUCACACGGCUAUCUCCAGGCAUCAAAUCAGCUCCCGGCGCGUUUCAACAGAUUACUGAUGCGAUGACUAGCGGACUUCAAUUCACCUCUGGUUAUCUUGAUGACGCUAUCGUUGGUGGAAGAACAGAGGAAGAACAUAACCGGAACCUACAUCUCUUUCUUGGUCGCCUCCAAGACUACGGGUUUACGGUGCGCAUCGAAAAAUGCCGAUUUUUCAUGUCCCAAAUCAAAUACCUCGGUCAUAUUCUGGAUGGUGAUGGUGUUCGCCCAGAUCCAGAAAAAGCUUCCGCUAUCGCUACCAUGCCGCCACCUCACGAUAUUUCCACCCUCCGUUCAUACCUCGGAGCCGUAAAUUACUAUGGCAAAUACAUUCCAGAGAUGCGCAAGUUACGGUUCCCUAUGGACACAUUGCUGAAAACGGGGGUCAAGUGGGAAUGGAGUGAUGCUUGUCAGAAAUCGUUCGAUAGAUUCAAGCAACUUUUACAAUCACCACUAGCACUCACCCACUACAACCCAGCUUUAGAGAUAGUGGUAUCAGCUGAUGCGUCAUCGAUCGGCAUUGGAGCACGAAUUGCACAUCGGUUUCCGGACGGAACAACAAAAGCAAUUUGCCAUGCUUCCCGGAGCCUCACAUCUGCCGAAACAAACUACAGCCAAAUCGAGAAAGAAGGCUUGGCUCUCAUCUUUGCUGUGACUCGAUUCCAUCGUAUGCUUUUUGGUCGGCACUUCAUCCUCGAGACUGACCACAAACCGCUGUUGGCCAUUUUUGGGUCGAAAAAAGGCAUUCCAGUCUACACUGCAAAUAGACUCCAGCGAUGGGCCUUAACUCUUCUUUUAUAUGAUUUCACAAUCAAAUACAUCUCAACGGACAGUUUCGGGUACGCAGAUAUACUGUCACGGCUAAUCAACACCCAUAUCCGUCCCGAAGAAGAGUAUGUCAUAGCAUCAAUCGAAAUGGAGAAAUCUAUCGACAAUGUUAUUCAUCAAACGCUUGAGGUGAUCCCGCUUACUUUCAAAACGAUCCAAGCAGCAACAGAAGCAGAUCCACUCCUUAAGCAGGUGCAAAACUUCGUCCAUCAAGGAUGGCCGAAUAAAAAAACCGAAUUGAAAGAUCCACAUCAGCAGCAGUUCUUUUUGCGUCGUGACGGAUUAUCUAUCGUCUCCGGCUGCCUUACGUAUGGUGAGAGAUUGGUCAUACCAGCGAAACAUCACAAGCGAGUACUACAGUUGCUCCAUAAAGGUCAUCCCGGCGUAGAAAGAAUGCGGUCCAUCGCCAGAAAUUACGUUUACUGGCCUGGGAUCGACGACGACAUAACGCAGCUCGUUCGUUCUUGCGCUGAAUGCGCGAGUGUGGCAAAAACUAAUCCCAAAACCAAUUUGGCAUCCUGGCCAACGCCAGCAAAUCCUUGGCAAAGGGUGCAUAUGGAUUAUGCUGGUCCCAUCGACGGUUGGUACUUUCUGAUCCUGGUCGACGCCUUCAGCAAGUGGCCCGAAGUUGUUCCCACCAAACGCAUCACCACCGAGGCGACAUUGGCUAUACUGCGUGGCAUUUUCGCUAGGUUCGGCAUGCCUGAAACUCUUGUUAGUGACAAUGGUCGUCAGUUUGUCAGUGAACAAUUUGAACGUUUUUGCGAUCAAAAUGGUAUCCUGCACCUGAAAACUCCACCCUUCCAUCCGCAGUCAAACGGACUCGCUGAACGUUUUGUGGACACGUUCAAACGAACCUUGAAAAAAAUCACAGCGGGGGGAGAAGCCUUUGCUGAAGCAAUUAACACCUUUUUGCUCGUCUACCGUUCCACUCCAUGUCGAAGUGCACCUGAAAACAAAACACCAGCUGAAUUAUUGUUAGGCAGGCCUAUGCGAACUUCGCUUGAUCUUCUUAAACCACCUGCGUCCUUCUACUACGAAGAAAAGCAACAAGAGCAGCAGUUUAACCGCAGGCAUGGUGCCAAAGCUAGGAGCUACGAUCGCAAGGAACUUGUUUGGACUAAAGUGUUCGAACACAACAAUUGGAAAUGGGAACCUGGAGAAGUUAUUGAACGUGUUGGCCGUGUCAUCUAUAACGUAUGGCUGACAGUAAAACAAAAUCUUGUCAGAUCACACUGUAAUCAGUUGAGGAAACGAUUCGAGAACGAUGAGGUUGAACACAAUGUGCAGAAACAAAAUCCUGAAAUUCCACUUGCAAUCCUGCUAGAAUCCUGGGGCCUAGGUUGUGCACCAGCUUAUCCGGAAAAUGUAAUAGUCGAACCCCAAACCCAAUCAGUACCGGAAUCCAACCUUCCGACUAUUGAUGAACUCCAGCAAGUCGAUAGACCACGUCAACGGAUCCGCAGACCAGCUCAUCUUCCAACUCCAGUAGCUGAACCAUCCCUACUUCGCCACUCUUCGCGUACCAGAAGAGCUCCUGUGCAAUACGGACCGUAUCAGCUUUAUUGA